AGUGCCCAGGACCUGCAUUGGCUGUUGUGUGUGUGUUUUUUUUCACAAGGGUCCCAAAACUACACCGAGAUUUGGAAUAUUACGUUACAGUCCUGCAGGAAAAUGGCGACUGUCAUUCAUAAUCCUCUAAAAUCGCUCGGUGACCAGUUCUAUAAGGAGGCUAUCGAACACUGUCGCAGCUACAAUGCCCGUCUCUGUGCCGAGCGCAGCGUGCGCAUGCCCUUCCUGGACUCGCAAACCGGUGUGGCCCAGAACAACUGCUACAUCUGGAUGGAAAAGUGCCAACGCCAGCCAGGCCAGGCAGCAGGACAGAUGUAUACCUAUCCUGCUCGUUGCUGGAGAAAGAAGAGGCGACUCCACCCACCCCUGGAUCCUCAGCUCCGCCUGUGUGAGCUUCGACUAGAGGCUGAGCUGGCCCCGAAGCGUGAGGUGCCCCCGGGGGAGGCCACAGCCUUGGAGGCCCUCCUGAGGGCGGACAACCUGCUGGAGAAAAAAAACAACAUCUGUAAGGAAGAGGAAACGUUGCUGGAAAUACAGAGAGUUCUGGAGGCGGAGGAGAAUGGGGACGGUCUCCAUGAUGAUGAAGAUUUUGACCUGGAUACUCCAAAGAGAAAGAACAGAAACAGAGGCAAAAACAGAGGAUCCAGUCGCAGGAGGACAGAACCCGUUAACGUUGACGACCAGGACAAACCUUACGUCUGUGACAAUAGAUACAAACAAAAGCAUAACUCAAAAAAGGCUGAAGAAGUCUGUGGAAAGCGCUACAAGAACCGGCCCGGCCUGAGCUACCACUACACCCACACUCACCUGGCAGAGGAGGAGGGCGAGGAGGAGAAGGAAACAGAUAUGACCCCGUCUCCUCCAUUUAGCGCAGACAACCACAAACCUCAAAAGGCUGCAGAUGGCACCAUCAUCCCCAACGACUACUGUGACUUCUGCCUGGGAGACCAGGACUCCAACAGGAAGACGGGCCAGGCCGAGGAGCUGGUGUCCUGCUCCGACUGUGGACGCUCCGGUCACCCCACAUGUCUGCAGUUCACCGAUAACAUGAUGCAGGCGGUGAGGACGUACCAGUGGCAGUGCAUAGAGUGCAAGUCUUGCAGCAUCUGUGGGACCUCAGAGAACGACGACCAGCUGCUGUUCUGUGAUGACUGCGACAGAGGAUACCACAUGUACUGCCUGAAGCCUCCGAUGACCAAGCCUCCAGAAGGGAGCUGGAGCUGUCACGUGUGUCUGGACCUGUUAAAAGACAAGGCCUCAGCCUAUGAAGAAGCAUAACUUCCUAACUACCUUGGACAUUAUUCUCAACACACACACACACACGUACACACAAUAUAUAUAUUUGUACCUAUACAUUAACUGUUUGUCAUUAGCAAACACUUUCUCUCAGAUAGAAUCAAACACACACUCUUUCACACACACACGCACACACACUCCAGUGCAUUAGCAGGCUCAGGGAGGCACAAAGACCUUUGACCUCUCGUGUAGCCGAGCAACACUCCAAAACGGCACCAACAUGCAAUCUCGACCAUAAGUCGGCUAACAGCAGGUCUGCCGUUCAGUCAUUUCUCUACCUCACCACUCAGCAGACGGCAAGAAGCCAAAGCAAGAUCGAUAAUGGCCAAUACUGUGUAGUAAGUACAUGUGUAUGUUAAAUUCUCAUUUUUAAACCAACCAUGGAUGUUUUCCCGAUUUUAGAUUCAGUAUGAUUUGGAAGACGUUUGUCGCAGAGUUUCACUUGCUUCCCUUGCAAGCUCUACAGCGGGUUUGACUUAUGUUUGUUUAAAUUUCUCCUCCCAGCCCGACUCCCCCUCCAGUGUUUAGACUUUACUGUGACAUUCCUUCUUCAUAUCUGGACACACUCAAUGUUAGUUAUGCCAUCUCUCACAGGUUUUUUGUCAAGCUCGGUGAAAUUUAUAUCCCGCGCUAAGAGGAAACGGGGCGAUAAAACUGCCUCGGCUAUCAUUCCCUUGUCGGAGCGCGGUGACAUUUCUAAUCCGUGUCUGUUUCUUGUAUCCCUGCGGUUGCUAGGAUACCUCGGUGCUCAAUUUGACACUUUACAAAAAAGUCUAACAUUUCUUUACAUGGAAUUGUUAUUAUGUAUUUAUUGUUGUAAUGGUCUAAUGUUACUGUCAAGGGGAUCAUUGUUACUGUAAAUCAGUGGUUCCCAAACUUUUUCUGUCUUGUCCAAAAAAAUGACUGGCCCCCUCUCCCGCCUCACCCAGACACGUAAAUUGAUUGCAUUGUUAUCAACUGGUCACAAUCCUGGGGAAACUAAUAACAAAAGGAGCUGAAAUAUAUUGAAAUAACAUUAAUAUGAACAUGAAUUGCAAUUUUCUGGUGUUCAACGUAAUAAUAUAAAUAUAAUUUUUUCUAACUGCCAGCGUCUUCACACACAAAAGAUGCCAGCAUCACCUAUUGUGUUAACUCAAGAUCAAGAUUGUUAAUAUAUUUCCAGCUAUUCUUUUCCUUCUCCCUGUGUCAGGUCUAUUCAUCAUCCUUCAUACGUACUUUACACGUUGUAACCUGCUCCAUACAGCUGGAUCGUUAACCUCAAUCUUGAUAGCCUUGAUAGCAUCAGAGCACUCUUUGUUUCUCUGUUGUUCCCAAAUUAAUUAAUCUGAUUCAUUCAUUCUUUUUUCACAGCACACAGUUUGACUUGUCAUAGCAGGAAAAAAGCACAGGAUGAACUAAUAGUUUCGGCAAAACAACUGACUUUUCACUAAACCCCGCGCCUCUUAGUUACUGUUGCUAGGUCCAUCAGGCUUUUUAUACUGGCACAGCACAUAAUGCAGUUUACAAUGACGACGGUGGCAGAUUUACCACUGAAAAUUUGUAGUCAUUUUUCAAACAAAGGGCCUUUGAUAGGCUGUAAAAGGAUCAUGUAUAUGCAUGUGAUGGCUACGUGCACGAUACAGCGAUAUUAUGCCCCAACUGAGGAUAGAAAGACAUAAAGAAAUAGAAUUUUUGCAUAGCAUAGCAUAUUGCAGGUAAUACCCUAUAGUACAGAUGCUAGUCUGAUGUAAUAGCAUUGGCUCCCAUGUACCUUGUAGUCACACAUAAUAAUGUAGUUUGGAAGUAAUGUUAUUAACUCUACGUUACAGCUGUAGAGGUCAUUUUGUAAACAAGUUAGCCAAGAAUGCUAAUGUUUGCAGUUUAAUUCUAAG